AUGACACUACCAUGUUACAACUUCUACACGAACCCUACCAUCGAGACGGCCCCUAGAUAUCGAGAGAAGAGCCCUGUAACUAAGAGGGGCUGGGCAGCCGUUGGUAUCCUACGGCAUAUACCGCAAGCCCAACUGGAUACGACAGCCCUCUGCUCAACUGACAGAGAAGUUGUCGCCGCGAGAAUCAGGCGUGGACGAGCCAAAAUCACCGUGGCCUCUGUUUACCUUAGACCAGGAACCAAAGCGGUAGACGGGGAGAUGAUGCAGUGGAUCAAAGGGCUGAUCAAACUAGCCGAAGGGGAUCCCAUUAUUGUAGCCGGGGAUUUCAAUUCACCACACAGGUUUUGGGGAUAUACGACCAACACGAGGAGGGGCAAAGAUAUCCUUGAAGCCAUGAAUACAGUGGGCCUGGAGCUGCCCAACGCACCCGGCGUCAGGACUAGGUUAGCCAAGCAGUGGAGGCAAAAGGACUCUACCCCGGACCUCUCUUGGGCCUCGAGAUGUCUCGACCUUGAAUGGACGCCAUGGAGAGAUACCCUCGGCAGCGAUCACUUCCCCCUGGAAAUGAAGCUCAGACAUGCCCAAGGGACAGGCUAUAAGGAGAAGAGACCGGUAGUAAAGUGGGACCGUUUCAGGGAGCUUCUUGAAGCGGAAGACGACCAAGACGUGGAGAUGAGCAUACGCAAGGCACUCCGAGAAGCCAAGACGGAGAUAUUGGUGAAGCCCGAUGCUCCCACCCCUGACAACCACCUACUCAAUCUCUGGGCUAGCCGGCUACGAGCGCUCCAGAGAUACGGUAAAAAGAAAACACUACGGAACAAAAUCAAGCUAAACCAUGCGACGGCGAAGGCCAACAGGUACACGAAGGAACUAGGACGCACAAGAUGGAGAACUCACUGCGAGUCUUUCAACCAGCGCACCGGGCUUGGAAAGGCAUGGCGAACUUACCGGGGCCUCGACGGAAGAAAGCGUAGGACAAGAAAUGAGGCACAGAACAUCGCCCUUAAGCUAAACAUAAGCGAGGAGGAGUUGGCAAUCAAGGCCGGUGAGCAGGAAUGGACGAUGCAACGCGGCAUAGAACAAGUCCUGGAGUAUCUCAAGGAGUUCGGAAUGGAAGCGUCCCCUGAGAAGACGCAAUACAUGGUAGUAGCCAGGCCCCGAGACCAUCGGAAAGGAAUCGCCAACUCGAUACGACUUGAGAUAAACGGGCAAGAGAUUGGCAGAAAACAACAUAUCAAAAUCCUUGGAGUCACCUUCGAGGAAACGGCGAGAAGUUCGAAAUGGCUCCCAGAUAUAGAGAAAAACUGGGUUCAGGGCUUGAAGCUCAUUAGAAAAACAACCAACAAGUCAUGGGGCGCCGACGAGAAGGCUCUUCGCAUCCUGGCGGAAGCCCUACUCACGUCGAGAGCUCUAUAUAGCUGCAACUGGCUAAAUCUCACCCGCGGGCAGUGGAAAAAGCUAGAAAGAUUGAAUCACCGAUCCAUGAGGUUGAUCACAGGUCUUCCCAACUUCACGCCACUAGAAGAUCUGCGCCAAGAAGCUCAGAUGAGCCGUAUUGAGGACAGAGCCGACGCACAAAACAUCGCUCAAUUUCAACGACUGGAGCGGACCAGGCAAGGUCGUCGACUUCUAGAGGAUUUGGGGUACGACAUAAGGAACAAACCCCCACCUGAAGAGCCCCUUCCACCGUGGCAAGAUGAGCCAAUCACAGACCAUCGGCCACUCCCUAAAGCCCUAAACGGAGGGAAGAGGGCAAGGGCUGCUAGACUACAUGCAGCUUGGUGCGAGGAACAUGGAAGGGGCGACGAGAUGCGCUAUACCGACGCAGCACGGACCGAGGGAGCCUCAGCAGCAGCAUGGCACGACCCAAGAAGGAACAAGGGGUGGGCCGAAACGCUACCGGAGGGCACAUCCGUCAAAGAAGCCGAGCUCAGGGCGAUUCUUGCGGCGAUCGAAGACAUCCUGAGCAUCUCAGUAACGGCCAGUAAAGCCAGAAUUUUUACGGAUUCUCAGGAGGCGAUCAUCGCGACCAGAUGCAGCAGGGCCAAAGGCCGCACGACUAAAAAGAUAAAAAAGAUGGCGACGGAGCUUCGAGAAAGGGGCACCGAGUUGUACAUAACGUGGCUUCCUGGACACAGUGGAAUAGCCGGGAACGAGAGGGCACACAGGGCCGCAGUGGAGGCAGCACAUUAUAGCUCCACGCUUGGCCCGACCUCUCCAUCCGGCAGGCACGAGACGGUAGAUCCGGAGGAGCAGGCCGAACUCGACAGGCAGGCGAGGAAGGCCUACCUCAGGGGUCUCCUACCGCCACAAGAAGACGAGAUACCAGCAGGCUACAGCCGAUGGGCUGCCGUCCGGGUCCGUCGCAUCAGGACCAAGACGGCGUGCACUCCAGCGAAACUGGCGAGCUUUGGCUUGCUGGAACCAGAAGAAGCAAAGUGCAAGACCUGCACGGGGAACAACAUGGCGACACUCCAACACCUUCUUUGGAACUGCAAGGGUCUAGAUAGACACAGACAAGAAGCCCUCAAGGUUCUCCGUGAGGAAGACCGACCGAGGACGCUAGACGAAUGGGCCCGACCCAGAGGCUCGCCACAACACCGCAAAGCGCUCCUCGACUCCCUGAUGGAUUACAUCAGAAAAUCAGGGACACAUAACCUCAUAUAACCUCACCUAUUCAUCAUCAUACUC